GAUCGACGUGGUAACGUAACGAAGGAUUAGUUUGUGCAAUUCUCAAUACGUAUACUCAAUAAAUCCGGAAAAAUAUCAUCACAUCGAAGUACAUUCCCUUAGCUGUAGCAUGCUUUAAUCGCUCCUUCAUAUGCAGCAGACAUGGUAGAGCCGACAACACGCAAGUUUGCAUCCCUAGAAGAGGAGCUGGGCUUCUGGAAGGAGCAAGCAGAGAGAUACGAGCAAAGGGCUGAGGAGGCUCAAGAGGAGCUGCAGGAAUUCCAGCAGAUGAGUCGGGACUAUGAGGCUGAGCUUGAGACAGAGCUGAAGCAAUGUGAGGGUCGAAACAAAGAGCUGCUGCAGGAUAAUCACCGGCUUCGCGUAGAACUGGAAAACAUAAAGGAGAAAUUUGAAGUCCAGCAUUCUGAUGCUUUGAGGCACAUAUCAACACUUGAGGAAGAGCUGGGAGAGACCAGAGCAGUUAGAGAUCAUCUGCAGAAGUAUAUCAGAGAGUUAGAGCAAUCCAAUGAUGACCUGGAGAGAACCAAAAGGGCUACCAUCAUGUCUCUGGAGGACUUUGAGCAGCGGAUGAACCAGGUCAUUGAGAGAAACGCCUUUCUUGAAAGUGAGCUGGAUGAGAAAGAGAACCUGCUUGAGUCUGUUCAGAGGCUCAAGGACGAAGCUAGAGACCUUCGCCAGGAGCUGGCUGUACGACAGAAGGAGAGAAGGCCAUCCAGCAGCCUGGGCAAAGACACAGAUCGUCCUGAUAUGAUGUUACCCUCAGCUGGAAAUCCUUCCAUCCCCGUCACACCCUCCAAACCUAUUAGUUCAUAUGUCACAACCCCAGCUUCCAACAUCCGGAGAGGUGAUAGUCUAACAGGAACCCCGCUUACUACAUCGGCUAGAAUAUCUGCACUCAACAUCGUUGGGGAGCUACUCAGAAAAGUUGGAAAUUUGGAGUCCAAGUUGGCAUCUUGUCGAGACUUUGUGUACGACACAUCCGUCAACAGACCGGCACUUACAGUUGGUCCUGGCAGUCCUUCGGGUUUAGAUGCAGGUCCUGAGCUCCAGGCGGUGGGCCUGAACCCUCCUCCUCAGUAUGACAGUUUGGUGAAACGGUUAGAGUUUGGACCAGCUCCUCCAAGAGGGAUCUCCCAUGGUGCCCAGUCUCCACAGGGAGGGGUCAAGAUACUGCUAUGAGAGGGGAGGGGAAA